CGUCAAUGAGAUGUUCAUUUUUGUUGUAAGAAGAGCAUAUAUAUAUAUAUAUAUAUUGUCAUCUCUUCUUCCACCAAACUUUCGGAGUUUUCUUUGGUUAAUUAGUAAAAAAUUGCUUAAUUAAUUUGUCCUUCCAGAGGAUCGAAUGAGAUAGAAAGGGUACUGGAGGGGCAAUUAAUUAAUUAAUCUCUAGUAAGUAUAUAUAUAAAUAUGGAGAGCCUGGAAGAAAGAGUGUUUAUGUUGAUGAAUGAACAAUAUUAUUAUUCCAAUUCCAAUGUAUCAGAUCAGCUGCAUAUGCAUCAUCAUCGCUCUGUGUCUGUGGAGAAUCUAAACCUAUGGUGGGAAAACAACACCGACUCCGAUGACUCAGCCGAGCGAAUUUUGUAUUGGGAAUCUCAGAUCUCACUGCUUCAGGAAAUUUUGGAGCGGUACCAUUUAAGUGGGUCAAAAUUGAGACUUGAGGUUGGUCGAAUCAUUAAAGAGGUCAAAGCUUCUGAUUUUUGCAGCUGCUUGAAGGCUAACUCUUCGGAUUGCAUCACCUGUUUGAGAAGACGAGUGGUUGACGGGCUCUGCGAAAGAGGAUUCAGUACCAACCUUUGCAUUUCAAAAUGGAGAACAACUAAAAAAUUUCCUGGAGGCUGUCACGAAUACAUUGAGGUGAUUGCAAACACAUCAACUAGGAAGAAGAUUCAUUUUCUGGUGGAAUUGGAGUUGAGGGAGCAGUUUCAGAUUGCAAAAGCAAGUGAAAAUUACCGGAAACUAGUGUCCUGUUUGCCCGAAUUUUAUAUUGGAAAACUGGAGUACUUAACUGCCAUUGUUCGAGUAAUGUGCAAUGCUGCAAAGAAAUCAAUGAAGGAAAAGAAAAUGCACGUGGGUCCGUGGAGGAAGAGCAGCUUCAUGCAAAUGAAAUGGUCAGGAUUCAAUCAAAUAUGCAAUUCUAAUAAAUCCUUGGGUUCAGUUGCAACAUAUCCCCAUGCACAAGCAAGUGAAUCUUACUUCAGAAUUUCAGGAGCUCCUACACCUUUGGUAGUCACCUGAAAAUGACCAGAAAAUUUCAACACUAAAUUUUGAACUUAGGCCUAUUUAGUAGUAGGAGUUGAUGAGCAAUAUAUCAGAAUUCGAAAUUCAGUGUCCUUUACUUUAGGUCCAAGGUUAUGAUGUAAUAUAUUUGCCCAGCAUUAGAGUAUAUCAUAUAUUGUUUGCAGUAAUUUUUAAAUUGUAAAUGUCCUUGUUGAAUAUAUAUAUAUAUAUAUAUAUAUAAAGGAACGUACUGAGAUUCGAGCUUA